GCUCAAUCAGCUGUGUUGUUUUCCAGUGAAGAUUUCUGGUAAGACAAAUAGCAACUGGCAUUGGAAAACAGGGCCCGAGACAACAUGAAGCUGGAGCUGUUGGUAGUGUUGGCUGUAGCAGCCUUCAUUCCCAGUCUGACUGAGGGGCGGCUGGUUUCCAAAUGUGAGCUGGAGACCACACUGGCACAGGCUGCCAAUCAGUUCAACCUGACAGAAAAUAUCUUGGUAAAAGGCAUUCAACUGGAGGAUGUCUUGGCCAAAAUUAUCUGUAGUUUGGAUCUAAAAUCUGGCUUGAACACCAGCCAUGUGACCAACCUUGUCCUGCAUAAACCCUUUAGUUUGCGACCGUUCAGGCACAACCGUUCAAUUAGAGAAAUGAGACCAAAGCCCACACGGAAGCCAGAGGCAGUAAAACCAAAACGUCUAGUUAGAGAAGUUCAAGCAAAGGAUGACGGAUUCCUUCCUGAAAGAGAAAAGGACAAGCUUAGACCUACAGGAUGGCCUGGAGGAGUGAAUUCAAAUCAUACAGGGAUGCCUGAGGAAGUGAGACCAAAACCCACACAGAAGCCAGAGGCAGUGAAACCAAAACGUCUAGUUAGAGAAGUUCAGGCAAAGGAUGACGGAUUCCUUCCUGAAAGAGAAAAGGACAAGCAUAGACCUACAGGGAGGCCCGGAGGAGUGAAUUCAAAUCAUACAGGGAUGCCUGAGGAAGUGAGACCAAAACCCACACGGAAGCCAGAGGCAGUGAAACCAAAACGUCUAGUCAGAGAAGUUCAGGCAAAGGAUGACGGAUUCCUUCUUGAAAGAGAAAAGGACAAGCAUAGACCUACAGGGAGGCCUGGAGGAGUGAAUUCAAAUCAUACAGGGAUGCCUGAGGAAGUGAGACCAAAACCCACACAGAAGCCAGAGGCAGUGAAACCAAAACGUCUAGUCAGAGAAGUUCAGGCAAAGGAUGACGGAUUCCUUCUUGAAAGAGAAAAGGACAAGCAUAGACCUACAGGGAGGCCCGGAGGAGUGAAUUCAAAUCCUACAAGGAUGCCUGAGGAAGUGAGACCAAAACCCACACAGAAGCCAGAGGCAGUGAAACCAAAACGUCUAGUCAGAGAAGUUCAGGCAAAGGAUGACGGAUUCCUUCUUGAAAGAGAAAAGGACAAGCUUAGACCUACAGGGAGGCCCGGAGGAGUGAAUUCAAAUCAUACAGGGAUGCCUGAGGAAGUGAGACCAAAACCCACACAGAAGCCAGAGGCAGUGAAACCAAAACGUCUAGUCAGAGAAGUUCAGGCAAAGGAUGACGGAUUCCUUCUUGAAAGAGAAAAGGACAAGCAUAGACCUACAGGGAGGCCCGGAGGAGUGAAUUCAAAUCCUACAAGGAUGCCUGAGGAAGUGAGACCAAAACCCACACAGAAGCCAGAGGCAGUGAAACCAAAACGUCUAGUCAGAGAAGUUCAGGCAAAGGAUGACGGAUUCCUUCUUGAAAGAGAAAAGGACAAGCUUAGACCUACAGGGAGGCCCGGAGGAGUGAAUUCAAAUCAUACAGGGAUGCCUGAGGAAGUGAGACCAAAACCCACACGGAAGCCAGAGGCAGUGAAACCAAAACGUCUAGUCAGAGAAGUUCAGGCAAAGGAUGACGGAUUCCUUCCUGAAAGAGAAAAGGACAAGCUUAGACCUACAGGGAGGCCUGGAGGAGUUAAAAAUGAAGAGGAAGUGUUUUUUGGCUAUGAGGAAGAACAACGCAAGCCAUUCAUGCCGUUAAAGCCACUGUACAUUAACCUCUUCGGGCUCUUCCAGCUGAGUGAUCGCCUCACCUGCAUCUCGUCCAACAACACUUACUCUCUCAAUCUCUGCAACACAGCGUGUACCUCCUUUCUUGAUGAUGACAUCAGUGAUGACAUUGCCUGCUUUGUGAAAUCUAUUUCCUGGAUGAAAGCUAUGAUGUUCCCAUGGAAAUGUGCCACAUUGCAAGCUUCAGAGUACAUUCAGUGUAACCAAACACUUAGCAGUACUACGAGUAUUUAGGAACCAAUAAAAUGAUGUAUUUGUAUCUGUUUCCCAACUCUACCUAAAACCUCAAAAUAUGUUAGUGUCCAUCAGCUCUGGGUGUUGUGCUAGGAAUUAAUUGAGCUCCUCAUCCCUUAUAUUGACAGUAUAUUUUCCAACCCUCCUGUCCUCCAACUGCUCAACUAUUAGAAGUUAGAAAUUAUCAAGUGACCAAAAUAAUUGGUACCUACAGAAAAAUGGGGGAGGGUCAUGUUUUUCUAAUUUCAUGUUUUUUUUGUUAUUGGCCGGGGCUAUUCGGCUUCUGCUGCCAGGGCUUAUGGUUUGUGCAACAUUGCAGAUGUCAGACCAGAGUGAAGCAGUUUGUAUGUAAUAAGAGCGAGGAGCAUGCACACCUACCUUUAUCACUUACAUGACUAGAAUAAGAUAUGAUUUAUCCCCUCUGAUAAUUGGAAAACACGAGUCUGCAUAAUGCUAAAUGCAUUUCCUAAUAUAAUCAGCAUUAUAAAUAACACAUACUUAGUAGAUAUCAUUAUGUUGAAAA